UUUCCCCUAUCCCCGGUUCCACGGUCAACGUGGGGAUCCUUCCCCCCCACCAUCCUCAGACACAACUCGUGGUGAAGUUUUAGCGUCACUACUCGUGGCGUGCCUACAACUUAGCCGGAUCUAUUACGCGCACUUUUCUCGCCACGAAUUUCACCAACCGUGUAUUGUUAAAAACGCGUCUCCUUUUUUUAUUUUCGUCUUCCUUUAUUGCAGUUCUGGAUUUAUUGCGCGUCGUGUCUCUGUCCUUCUCUGCGCGCUCGAUACACGUGCCACGGCACUGUCCCUGCGCCACGCUUCAAAGAGUGUCCACCUUCCUGAACGCUUCGGAGCCGGCUCAAACUUGUGGCGUGCCUUUCAUAACCUAAAACUCGUCGCGUAGACGGCCGUUCUUGACAAUCGGGAAUAUCUGGUGUAACGUGCGUGCGCGCUGGUAACGUUAACGCGACUGUGGUGCCACGGAGUCGAGGCUGAUACAUACAUAGAUACAUACGUCGACCCGCCAUCAAGAAUCUCUUGGAAUUUUAUUCGUGCUUUCGAUUAUUCUUGAGGUGAAACCGUGGCGUUUGUGGCUCUCAUUGCUCCGUGCUCUGCUAAAAAAUACGACAGAAUUUUUACCAUCGUUUCCCGUACGUUAUAUCGUACGUGUGACUUGUGCAUUAUUUAAGUACGUGUUGUGACAGCUGCCAGGUGAAAUAUUGUGAGUGACGUGUGCCAGUGAAUAUUUCAUCUCACUGUUUGCCAUUGUACCUACCAAUAUAUAUAUCUUUGUUGGGAUACCUGGACACGACUGUGCAGUUUGAAAACGACGCAGGAAUACGCCUUCAGGUUUUCACUAAGCAACAGUUUGGCAGUUAAUCAAUCGCUGUGUCAAAGUGCUACGGGACAACUUUAACUAUUUCGUUUAAUUUCGAAUUUUCCUAUCGUCUCGGUAGGUCAAGUAGGAAAGUCUAGUUGAGUAGUUGAGAAAAAGCGUCGUAGGGCCACGGCUUUGCUGUGACAGGAUGAUGAUGGCAAACCUGCCCCCCGUUAUGCUGCCGACUCUUCACGACUACGGGAUGCUAGCGCCCACUCUUGGCAUUAAGGUGAGUCUCAUGGAAGUGGAGGAAGUGAGAUCGACCGGCGGGAAUCUAGCACUGAGAGGAAGCGACGAACUUCUGUCUCAAAGCGGUGCGGUCAGCAAUGGCGCCGCAAUGAGUCCGCAGCCUCAUCACGCAGCGGACAACAAUAACGACGCGAAGAAGGCGAAGCUCGACAAAAGUCACAAUGGCAAACCUUCUCGGGUCAUUCACAUCCGAAAUAUUCCGAACGAUGUGACGGAGGCGGAAAUUAUCCAUCUUGGACUACCCUUUGGCAGGGUUACCAAUGUUCUUGUUCUCAAGGGAAAGAAUCAGGCUCUCCUAGAGAUGGGAGACGAGAAUGCCGCAGCCACUAUGGUGACGUAUUACGCGUCGUGCGUCGCCCAGCUCAGAGGUAGAGCUGUGUACGUGCAGUUCAGUAACCAUCACGAACUGAAGACCGAUCAGACCCAUAGCAACGCGGUCAGUAGUCCCACAAACAUCGUCGCCAACCCGUCCAACAACACGAAUGCGCAGGCGGCGCUGCAGGCAGCGCAGGGUCAAGGUGGCCAAGGUCAAGGAGGUGAGACCCAAGGAGGUCCCAAUACCGUCCUUAGAGUCAUCAUCGAGCACAUGAUCUAUCCCAUCUCCUUGGACAUACUGUACCAGAUAUUCACACGUUUUGGCAAGGUCCUGAAAAUCGUUACAUUCACCAAGAACAGCUCUUUCCAGGCUCUUAUACAGUAUCCUGACAUGCUUUCGGCUCAGACAGCUAAAUUCUCUCUCGAUGGACAGAAUAUCUACAAUUCCUGCUGCACGCUGCGCAUCGACUAUAGCAAAAUGCAGAAUCUCAACAUCAAGUACAACAAUGACAAGUCCAGGGACUACACGAAUCCGACGCUGCCAACAGGCGACGCGAAUCUUGACGCUGCUUCCCUUGCCUUGGGGGGUGAGUUACUUCCUCAGCUUCUUCUGGGAGCAUCGGGAAACCAACCCCGUGCCAGAAUCCCCGAGUCCAUUGCAGGCGGACCGAGUGUGUUGGCAUCACCGUUCGCGGCGAUGCACGGUCUGCCAUCGCCACUGACAGGGCCGUACAAUGGGGUAGCAUCUGCUGGUGGUUUAGCGGGCCUCGGGGGCUUCACUCUGGGCGCCGGGGCGCUUGGCGUCCGCGUCCCAGGCAGUCCUCAGCCUUCCUCAGUACUUCUCGUCAGCAAUCUCAACGAGGAGGUAAGUUUUCUCGUAGACU